UGUGCAAUUAGGAAACGUCAAUUCCAUUCAACAUAAUAUUUUUUCAACUUUUAACUGGACACGAGCGAUUUUGUGGGAAACUAGCACCAAAUCAACCAGCAAAAGCUUCAUUAUAUAAUUUAUCAUCCGCAUUCGAUGGCAUCAGCCACUCCACAGGGAGCCAAUUUGCUCUACGGGCUGCGCAAAUCUAAAAAAUUUACGGAAGGACUAGGAGCUCAAUUACCAUUAGCGUAUAAAAAAUUUUGGGAUGAAUGGAAGCAUAGACAACCUGCGGCUGUCCAUUAUGUGCCUAAAGAUGGAAUGUUUCAACGAGAAGAUGUCACUGGAUUAGUAACUCCAAUACAGAAUGUACCACUGCCAUUAAUCGUCCCUCCAGAAGCUCACAAAGGCAUAUGGGGAGGCGAGGCAAUCGUGAAAGGAUUUCAAAAACGCAAUCCUUACAAAAGGCGAGUGCCUCACUUCUGGGUGCCUGUUCUAAAGCGUUCGGUUGUACACAGCCAAAUUCUCAAUGAACAUAUGGCCGUAACAGUGACAGAUCGCACUUUAGACCAAAUUCACGAUAAUCACGGCUUCGAUCACUAUUUACUGAAAACACCAGCUUGUGACCUACGCUCCAUGCUCGCCAUUAAACUGAAAAAGAUGGUUCUGGUAGAUCUACUUGCUGGAUGUCCAAAACACGCUUCACAACCCGAAAAACAGAAGGCAAUACUAGAUGAGUAUUCAUGUUAUCUGUCUCAGUACACCCCAGAGGAGAUUGAGUGGUACGGAUUGACCUACAACGAAGCCAUCGCCAAAAUUGAAGGCCAACUCGAGUCACAAAUAGACAAGCGUCCACAUAAGGUAAUUUUUCGUCAAAAAUUGAUCGAACAAUUAAAAGAAGCCGGUAUCAAUGAAGCACAAGGUUCCGAGAAACUUGAAGGCAUCGAGGAUUCCAGCUCUUCCUGGUUGUCGAAGCUCAGCUUCAAGCCGAAAAAUUGGUAGUCCCCAGUUUAGCCCGCUCCAGUAGUGAUUCUUACAUUUGCGGAGAACAAUAGAAACAUGAUUAUAAACUAAUGUAAAAUUUGCAGGAUUAUUUUGCAGUAGAACUUGAAGAAAAAAUUCAAUAAAUGUUUUCGUUUCAUUUACAAG